AUGGCUGUCACGACGAUGAAGGCGGCCCGUUAUCAUCCUGAGUCGAAUAAGUGUACGAUAGACGAGAUCCCAAUUCCAAGCAUCAGUGAAAAUGAGAUACUUGUCAAAAUUGCCUCGGCCAGCCUAUGCCACUCGGAUCUAAUGUUGUUUGAUGGUUCCAUUCCCGCUACAGAGCCUGUGGUAAUGGGCCACGAGGGCGUGGGAUAUGUGGAGAAGCUGGGGGCCAACGUCAAAGGCUUCAAGAAGGGCGACGGCAUUGGAUUUCUCUAUAUCAAAGGGGUCUGCUUCGAAUGCGAAGGGUGCAUGGUGCACAAUCUCAACUGCAAAUUGGGCACUGCCAAACUCCAAGGCUUCCAGACUGACGGAUUUUUCGCUGAAUACGCUGCUGUGGACUAUCGCAAUGCCAUCAUCCUUCCAGAAAAUCUUCCCAUGGAGACUUCAGCACCAUAUUUCUGUGCUGGCAUUACAGCCUUCCAUGGCGUCGACUCUUGUGGUCUCAGGCCUGGCCAAUGGAUGGUCAUUGUGGGCUGUGGAGGUCUUGGACAGAUGGGCAUUCGCUUCGCCAAAGCUAUGGGACUGAACGUCGUGGGUCUCGAUAUCAACGAUGAAGUACUUACGGCUGCAAAGGAGAACGGAGCAGACGUCACGAUCAACAGUAGAGACCCCGAGUUUGAGAAGAAAAUAAGGGAGGCUACGGGCGGAGGCGCGGACGCGGCCGUGGUCUUCAGUGCGGCCCAGGCCGCUUAUGAUAGCGCUACCAAAGUCCUACGCCUUGGUGGUAUCCUGAUGGUCAUCGGUCUUCCAUCGAAACCGCUCCAAUUCUCAGCUUUAGAACUGAUGAGGAAGCUCUACCAGAUCAAAAGCGAGAGUACUGGCCCUCCGCAACAGAUGCCACGAGCGAUGGAAUUCAUUUCAAAGCAUAACAUCAAACCGAAAGUCGAGCUGUACAAGCUUGAACAGAUUAACGAAAUGAUGGAUUUGAUGAAAAGUGGCAAAUCAAAGUCAAGGAUGGCGGUAGUUUUUUGA